AGAUACUACUUCCUGUCUUUUACAUGCACGCACGCGCAGUCGGACUUGCUGAUGUCCUUAUAUGACCUAAUUCGCUGAUCAAGUGAUCGUAUUCUUACCAUUAAGAAUUAGCUAGCUAGCUGCAACUAAAUUGCUUAAGAUGUUCAGACAUCUCCUGGUCCUCCGUCAUGUCUCCAGACGGAGCAUCAGCAGCACUGCCCGUCGGCAGGUGGAGAACAAGGUCCCGAAGUAUCAAAAGAUAUUUCAGGAGGAUAAUGGACUACCAGUUCAUUUGAAAGGGGGGGUUAAGGAUGCCAUCCUGUACAGAAUCACAAUGACACUUACCGUGGUCGGAACUGGAGCCGUCAUAUAUCAGCUGGUAGGCGCAUCGUUUCCAAAGAAGAAUUGAUUUUUUUUUUUUUUUUUCAUUCUGUCCCUGUCUUUAAAGCUCUUACAUUCCUCAAGAAUGUCUUAACCAUCAGGGAACACUUCUGUUGUCAUGCAAGCAAUUUUACCACAUGAAUGGGAUCAAUAUUUAUUGACUGUACUGUGAACUCAAGAUAAUAAUAAAUACAGCAUUGGGUUACCA